GUGCGCUGUGAGUAGCUUGCAGGUCAAAAGAGUCAUUUCCACAUCAUUUUCUUUAAUGACUGCCCACUGUGAGAUGCUCAUUUUCCCAAUCCUUUCACGGUGGUGGUGAAGGGAUUCAUCCGGCUGUGCCCUGUAUCAUGAAUAACGCUGAUGGGAACAUCAUCCAUCCGUUUAACAAUAUUUCCCCACGACCUGCUCAACUAUAAGUUCCCUCUGGGUACUGGGCUCACAGCCAUCGACAAAACAGAGGCCUGUGCAGGCACAUCUCUGGGCAUAUUCUUGAGCGUUCUGUCAUGACUGGAUGAUGGGACAUUGCUGGGCGGAAGGACACACCUUUACUGGGAUUCACCCUGCAAAGGCCAGUGCCCAUCUGAGUGGCCCCUCAGAGAGUCGCUCUGGACACAGCCUGGUGGCCUCUCUGGCCCAGUUUGGCCUGGCAGAGGGCCCGGGCAUGACUCGAGGGGACAGAGGAAGCUGGGACAUGAACCUGGUUGCUUGGGCCAGAGCUUCACCGAUGGCUGUUUUCCCAGGCUCUAGGUUUGGCUGCUGAGUCUGGGCACAUAGUGUAAGAGUUGAAAGUGGGCCAUCCUAGAUAAUCCAGAGGAGCCGAGGUGCUUCCCUCGCCUACUUCAGAGGCCGCCCUCGCAGGAGCAUCUGCGGAGGGCAGAGUGCCCAGGCUCCCACCCCGGGCCCCUGGGGGCGGGUCCGGACCAGGCCCUGCCCCCACCCCCACCCCCCAGCUCAGGCCUCCGCCCCUGCCCUGGACGCUCUCCGGGCGGGUGCCCAGGUAGCCCAAACCUGUCGGGCCGGUUUCGAGAGCGGCGGGACCGAGUCUAGUGUAGGAUGCAUGGCCUGCCCUGUGCGCUGCCCGCACUCACGGCCGCCUGAGCCCGGACCCGACCUGCCCGCAGCCCACCGGCCGACCCCAUGGUGCGCGCGCCGGGCCUCCUGGCGCCCCUGCUGGGCCUGGGCCUGGGGCUGGCCCUGAGCCUGCCGGGGGCGGGCGCGGCCGCCGCGGACUGCAGGGCCCUGGGUCGGGUGGAGCGCCUGGCGUUCACCCCGGCGGCCAGGGCCCGGUGGCUGGCCCCUCGCGUCCGCGCGCCGGGACCCCUGGACUCCCUCUACAGCACCGUGCGCCGCUUCCUCUCUGUGGUGCAGCUCAACCCCUUCCCGGCCGAGUUGGUAAAGGUCCUGCUGAACGAGCCGUCCUCUGUGAACGUGGAUGAGGUGGUGCGGUAUGAGGCAGGCUACAUGGUGUGUGCUGUGAUCGCCAGCCUCUACCUCGCGGUGGUGCCCAUUGUAGGGCUCUGCUUCUGUUGCUGCCGUUGCCGCCGGCGCUGUGGGGGCAGAGUGAAGAUGGAGCACAAAGCAAUGGCCUGUGAGCGAGGCACCCUCAUGGCCUUCCUGCUGCUGACCACCCUCGUGCUGCUGAUCGGUAUGGUCAUUGCCUUUGUGACCAACCAGCGCAUUCAUGAGCACAUGGGUCCCAGUGCCGAGGCUGUGUCUGAGACUCUGCUUAGCCUCCGGGGUCUGGUCUCCGAUGUCCCCCUGGAGCUGCAGGCCAUGGCACAGCAGUUUUCCCUUCCUCAGGAGCAAGUCUUGGAGGAAUUGGAUGGUGUCGGCGGGAGCAUUGGGAACACGAUCCACACCCAGCUCAAGAGCACAGUGUAUGAGAUGCUGGCCUCAGUGCUCAGCCUGGGCCAGGCCCUGCAGGUCUCCGUGGACCACCUCCGAGCCCUGAACGCCACCUCCGUGGAGCUGCAGGAGGGGCAGCGGACCCUGGGGCCAGCUGUCCGGGGCCACCGGGAACGUCUCCUGGCCCUGCUGCGGGAGCCCAGCUGCCAGGGCUGCGCAGAGGCCCUGAACAGAGCCCAUGCUCUGGAGCUGGGAGCCGACUUCAACCAGGUACCCUCAGUAGACGAUGUCCUGCAUCGGCUGAAAGGUGUCCCAGAGGCCAACUUCUCCAGCAUGGUCCAAGAGGAGAACAGCACCUUCAAUGCCCUUCCGCUCCUGGCAGCCUUGCAGACGGCUGAUGUGGUCACAGAGCUGAAGAAAGUGGUGGCCCAGCAGCCUGCAGGGCUGAGGACCCUGGUGGAAGCGUUCCCAGGCUGGGAGGCGGCUUCUCGCUGGAGCCGGGCACUGGAGGAGGUGGAGCAGAGCAGCCGCCCCUACCUGAAGCGGGUGCAGAGAUACGAGAAGUACAGGUGGAUUGUGGGCUGCGUGCUGUGCUCCAUGGUCCUGCUUGUGGUGGUCUGUAACCUGCUGGGCCUCACCCUGGGCAUCUGGGGGCUCUCUACCAGGGAGGACCCCAGCCACUCAGAAGCCAAGGGCGAGGCCGGAGCCCGUUUCCUCAUGGUGGGUGUGGGCUUCAGCUUCCUCUUCUCCGUGCCCCUCAUCCUUCUUGUCUUCGUCACCUUUCUGGUGGGCGGCAAUGUGCAGACGCUGGUGUGCCGGAGCUGGGAGAGCGGGGAGCUCUACGAGUUUGCAGACACCCCAGGGAACUUGCCCUCAUCCAUGAACUUGUCCCAGCUUCUCGGCCUGAAGAAGAACAUCAGCAUUCUCCUGGCCUAUCAGCAGUGCAAACAAGGGGCCGCACUCUGGAAGGUCCUGCAGCUCAACGACUCCUAUGACUUGGAGAAGCAUCUGGAUAUCAGCCAGUACACGGCCAAGCUGCAGCAGGAAUUGCAGAAACUCGAAGUGGAAGUGAAGAAUCUGGAGCUGCUGAGCCCAGCUGCCCGCCAGGACCUGCAGGCCCUGCAGAGCAGCGGGCUCGAGAACAUUCACUAUCCCAGCUUCCUUGUCGAGAUCCAGAAGCCUGUGGUGAACACCAGCAUGGAGAAGCUGGCCCAGGAGCUGGAAGGACUGUCCCAGACCCAAGGCAGUUCUCUGCUGGGGCAGCAGCUGCAGAAGGAGGCCCAAGGGCUCAGAAACCUCCAUCAGGAGAAGGUCCUCCCCCAGCAGAACCUCUUGGCUAAGCUCAACCUCAGUGUCCAGGCCCUGGCGUCCUCUGCCCCACAUCUCCAGCUGGAGACCUCAGGUGUCCUGGACAAUGUCACUCACCUGGAAGGAGAGCUGCCAGCCUGGGCCAUCCGUAUCCUGAGGAAUGAAAGUGAGUGUUUCCUGACCCGGGAGAUGGGCUACUUCUCCCAGUACAUGGCCUGGGUGAGAGAGGAGGUGACCCAGCACAUUGCCACCUGCCAGCCCCUCUCUGGAGCCCUGGACAAUGGCCGUGUGAUUCUGUGUGACAUGGUGGCUGACCCCUGGAACGCCUUCUGGUUCUGCCUGGCCUGGUGCACUUUCUUCCUGAUACCCAGCAUCGUCUUUGCUGUCAAGACCUCAAAGUACUUCCGGCCCAUCCGGAAACGCCUCAGCUCCACCAGCUCUGAGGAGACACAGCUCUUCCACAUCCCCCGGGUCACCUCCCUGAAGCUGUAGGACCCCCGUGAUCUUAAUCCAGAACUGGGAGACUUGUCAGUUGCAAGGUGAUGCCCGGGGCUGCCUUGGCCUGGACCAGAGGACUUCUGUUGCUCUUGCUGCCCAAGCCCAGGCCAGCAUCCAGGCCUGGAUUUGUCCCCCGAUUCCUGUUACCUGACCCCAUCUUGCUGUUCCCUUGGCACCUCUUUCUGCUCGAGACUCUUUCAUUCAUUCUCACAAACAUACUUUACGUCAGUAGAGGCUCAGAGCCAACAGGUUCUUCCAGGUGUCUCUCCCUUAUCCUCCUUAUGCAGUGUGUCAGUGCCAGGAUGAGCCUUUUCUCUGCUGGUGGAUCCCCCUCCUCAGCCCCUUGAGUGGGACAAGGCCCUGCCCACCCUUACUCUGUCCCUCUGUCCCUCCCCCACUUCCUCUCCAAGCUCCCUGCCCCCUUUCCUCCUCUGGCCCCUCUCUGGCCCCUCUUCUCUCUGUCCCCUUCCAAGCCUUUACAUCCCCCCCAAAGCCCUUUUCCCCCUUUGUCACCUCUUUACCUUAUCUUGCUACCUGCUGGCCCCCAGGCACCCCUCCUGCCCAACCACAUUAAUCAGGUAGAGCCAGCAAGCAGGCCAGGGGCCAUGGUGGCCUGGGCCUGGGCUGGCUGCAGACUCUGCUUCAUGGCCCCUGAGCCCUGCAUUGCUCAGGGACUGGGGCCCUCCAUGGGGGCUGGCCUGGAUUUCUGGCCCCAGUGUGGGCGGUGAGGGAGGCCUGUACCUUGGCCUGCAAAUCACGUUGCUCUCUGUCCCUUGGCUCCUCUCUGAGCACAGGCUCCCUGGGAAGCAACCUGGAACGUGGGCUGGAGCCGGGGCUCCCCUCUGGCUCCCUAGAAGGAGGCCUUUUCGAAAGCCCCCACCCAGCUUUCCCAGGAGAGAUCUGGUGGCCACAGCAGAAUUUUGUACUGUGUCCCUUCUAUCCUGUGCACAUGGUCUACUGCUGUCCCCAGUCCAUCCCUAUGCCCUCCCUGCGUGCUGGACCCUGAGUUCCAGAAAUGGGAAAGAGGAGAAGAGAGAGGAGGAGAUGGAUAGGACCCGGGAUCCAUUAAAGUGUUCUCACUUGGCUAAGCCUUGGCUCUUUCCGCUCUCCCAGGCUAGGGCCUUGGAUGCGGUUGGUGUUUAAUGUGUGUUUUUGGAGCAGAGAAUCUAAGACCUCCUUUUGAGUGUGGGCAUCCAGGGGUUACCCCAGCAACCAGCAGGUGGGGAGUGGGGCUCUCAUCUGGGAGCAGGCAGACCUGGCUUCACAUCCUGGUCUAAUGUUUGGCAAUUGAGGCACCUUGAACAUGAUCUGAGGGCCCCUAGACCUCAGUUUCUCCAUCUAUAAAUGGGGAGAAUAGUCAUAGGUGCCUCAUAGGGUUGUGACCAUGUAUGGAAAUCCCAUGGCAGGGGCCUGGCGCAAAACAAAUACUCAAAAGCUGCUGCCUUUUUUUUUUUUUUUUUUUUCCAUGACUGCCCUGUGCCAGAGCAGAGCUGGGUCUAGGUAGAUACAAGCAAAGGGAGAGAUGGGUCCCUGUUCAAAGGAGCAAAGCCCUUAAGAUUGUAAUCUGCCAAGUUUCAGGCAGUGUCUAUUUAGUUGCAGCAACCAAUUUGCUACUAGAAAUUGGGAUGGUGCCUAUACAAUAUUGUCACUAUUGCAGGCACACUCUCAGAAAAGCAUUCUUGAAUGUAACACAAUUCCCUCUUUUUGGCUUUUCCAAGAGAAUGUUUGGCUUACUUUUCAUCUGUUGCCCUGUGUGGGGAGCUGUGGCACCCUGUAUUUAAAGAAUAAGAUUGAUGGGAUACAAAUAGAAAUAGAAAAUUAUUAAAAAUCAUUUCUAGUUCUGUA